AUGAACCAAGGCAAAUUGGAUGUGAUCAAACAUGAGUUGACAAGGUUAAACAUCGAAAUCCUGGGAGUUAGUGAACUCAAAUGGACUGGAAUGGGAGAUUUCACAUCAGACAACCAUCACAUCUUCUACUGUGGUCAAGAAUCCCACAGAAGAAAUGGAGUAGCCAUCAUAGUAAAUCAUUGGGUGGGCAAAGCAGUGCUCAGCUACAACCCAAUAAAUGACAGAAUGAUUUCAAUUCAAAUUGAAGUCAAGCCAUUUAACAUCACAGUGAUACAAGUUUAUGCUCCAACCAUGGAUGUUGAAGAGGCUGAAAUUGACCAGUUCUAUGAAGAUAGAAGAUAUUCAACACAUGAUAGAUAUAACACCAAGAAAAGAUUUUACUAUCCUAUAGGAGACUGGAAUGUUAAAGUAGGGAACCAGAAGACACCUGGAAUAACUGGAAAGCUUGACCUUGGAGUUCAAAAUGAAGCAGGUCAAAGAUUAGUAGAAUUCUGUCAAGAUAAUUCUCUGGUCAUAGCAAACACCCUCUUCCAACAGCCUCCGAGGCGACUCUACACAUGGACAUCACCGGUGGACAAUAUAGAAAUCAAUUUGACUAUACACUUUGCAGCCAAAGAUGGAGGAGCUCUAUACAGUCAGCAAAAACAAAACCUGGAGCUGACUGUUUGGAAUUAA